AAUGUUUUCACGCGUAUUCUAUAUACGUCAUUCGAUAUGUGUUUACUUUUCACAUUCUUCCAAGAAGAGAUCAGCACCAAAUUCUUAUUUUUAAUUUUGUUCAUCGUUUUCAUCAAGGGCUUUCAUUGGCUACUGGAAGGGCGUGUUGAUGUCAUGGAACGCACUCCAGUUCUUAGACCUUUGUUCCACAUCAGGACGUUGAGUUUCGCUCUUUUAUUAGCUGCUGUGGAUAUUUUUCAUAUUGCAAAUUUCUACUGGGGAGUUGAUACAACGAAUGUUUCAUCUCUUGCGGUUGGAGCUGAGUACUAUAUUCUGCUUUUCGAUUUAAUUUCAAUAGUUAUGCGCUAUGCUAUUCAAACUUAUGACUCAGUACAGGAAACACAUUGGGAUCAAAAGUCACUCUAUCUUCUAUAUGUUGAUGUUAUCGUUGGAAUGCUUCGUGUCUUCUUCUAUACCGAGUUCGCUCCAAUUCUCUGGCGCCACCACCCUUUUCCUCUCUUUAUUAUUCGACCAAUUUAUCUCAGCUUGAGAUUCCUGAAAAAGACUAUUAGAAAUCUGGUAAUGUCACGACGAGCAAUUCGAUUGAUAAAUAGUGCGUUUAGUGAAGUGACUGCUGCUGAAAUAGCUGCUUCAAAUGAUACUGUGUGUAUUAUCUGUCGAGAAGAGAUGAUACAAACUUCUGCUGCCGGGACGACAGAGGCUCCCUCUCCUAAUCUUGCUCCUGGAACUAUCAAACGUCUACCCUGUGGGCACAUCUUUCAUGCCAGUUGUCUUAGAAAUUGGUUUCAACGUCAGCAAACUUGUCCCACUUGCCGUAUGAAUAUCCUCCGACAGGGAACUGAUGAGCAGGCAGCUGAGAACCAGAGAGGUCUAAGGCGGGUUCCUGCGAGGGCUGCUGGUCAACAAAGGCAACGGGGUGAUCAAUCGCAGGCUCGUAGAGGCGGUGGUGGUUCAGCUCAAAUUAGAAUAGAUAUUCAACGCAGUUCUGGUCGGGGUAGUGGAGACAAUGCCCCACAAGUGCAUCAACUUCCGUUUUCUAUAUUUCCACCAAAUGUGCAAUUCCCUGGAGUUUUUCCAUCGAUUUCGGGAACGGACAAUCAGCAAUUCUUUAUGGCUCCGCCUAUUGUCAUCCCUGGUGAUCAAUUUUCCCAUUUGGUUGGUGGUACUCCUAUGCCCCAUGUGCCUGCCGACUUGGCAGAGGGUGGUCAAGAAUCCCAGGAGGCCCUGGAAAGCAAGUUGCGUUCCGGUGUUGGAGCACGCAUUGAAACACUUCAACGCAUUCAGACCCUCCUGGAUGCCUCAAUCCUUCAAAUGAAUGCCUACUUGGCUGCUACCAAUGCAACUCCUUUUGUAAUUCCUAUUCAGAAGAAAAACGAAGCGGGUGAUAUUCAACCUGCUGCAGCAGUAUCCUCAGGCGAACUUAGCGACAUGAAAGGUGUCAAGGAUGCCUCUGAGAGAGAAUACAAAGAUACUGGCAAAGGGGAAACGAAAGCGGACUUGAACGAAGCACAGCAUUCAGAUGAACUUUCCAUUCUACGUCAACGUCGACUGGAGAAAUUAUCGAGCGCGAUGAAGGAGGGGUCGAAGACUUAG